ACGAACACCGCUGCAGAACAAUGGCAGCAUCGUCAUCUUCCGGGUACCUGGUUCGCAACCUGUGGAAUGCGGCGCCCGUCCUGACAACGAACCUUCUCGAAACGGGUCUGGUGGACACCGCAUUCAACGCUUCUUUGGCGAAAGCUGCCGUCACGGCAUUCGAUGACUACAGAUCGAUCCGCCUGGGAACAUCCGUUCCGGGAUCGUCCCCGAAAAGUGCCGACGAGCCAAAGGCRCGGACGCGCAGACGGCGCCGAGCGUCGUCCCCCGGCCGAACGAGAGCGGAAUUGCCGGCCCCCGGGCCGAGCGGCCCGCGUCGCUCUGCUACAGAGGAACACUCGAUUUCCCGUUGCAACCCAUCGGCCCUGACGGACAACGAUUUCUUCUUUCAACACCAGAAAAAUCGUGGAUACAGACUCGCAACCCGGGCCAUCGCGGGCUCCGAUUGUGCGAGGCGUCUCCAAGAAGACUACCUGGUGCAAAUCGUGUCCUACUAUCUGGAGAACGUCUGCGGAGCAAAGCCGUUGGCAGAUCUGUUGGCGCUGGGGACCGGUGAACUUUCCAUCGAUAUGUGGGCCGCGGUGCAGCGAGGAAAGGUGGGUACAGUACAUCGGUGUGCUUGGCAAACGCAACACAUGCUUUGAAGCAUGCGCCGUGCGGAACAGAGAAUACGAUGCUUUUCGAUAGGGCUCUGCAACUCACCGAUUUGUCGUUUUGUAUCGAUGCUUCUUCAAAUGGUUCCAAAAGGGGGCAUACCACGCCGAUCACGUCCACGAGGGAGCUUUGGUAUCGGGUGUGUACUAUGCGUCCGUACCACCGGGGAGCGCGCCCUUGGUCCUCCGGAGACCCGGUGCCGACGACAUCCAUGGAACGAACGGAGAGGAUUUCCGACCCGCCAGCAGCCACGGCGAAGAUUCCGACGUGAUCCUGCCUCCGACCGAGGGAAACCUCGUCCUGUUUCCUCCGUGGGUCGUCCACGGUGUUCCCGCUGCGGAGGAAGAGAUCGGCGGACGCAAUGCUCCUUCGGAGAGCGAUUCGAGAGUCUCGUUCGCCUUUAACGUGACGGGGGCCUUUGUGUUGGGACACGAUCCCUGGAACGUCACCCGUCUCGAAUAGGACUGUUCAUCGAUGGGCUCAAUGGACGUCGAGACCGGCAAUUGGUGUUCUGUGUGUASGAGUGCCCCCCUCGGGAUCAAUUCAUUCGGGUGGUAUCAAAUUUAGAAUCACGAGAGUCUCAAAUUUGGUUGUACAGCUGUUGCGCGCUACACUUCGGUAUAAACUUGUUACAAAGGCGUCAUUCUGAGGAAAGUCUAAGCAUGUUUGGAAUGUGUUCAAACAUCUCAACGCAAUUUGUAGAACUGAAAAAAGACGCAAACCGAUUAUCGAUUUGAAUUUGUAACUCGAGCUACGAUUGCGCUCUUAUCGUAACAAGAACACACUAUUGGUGUCAUGAACAACGCACACUCAACAAGACAAAUCGAUUCCCUAGAAACAGUGCGUUUCCGGGCGUCAUCAAUCACCAGAACUAGGCAAAACAAUACGAUCAUAAAAAAAUAUCCAUCUA